AUGGCCGCAAUUAUAGGGCUGGGCACGAAGUCGCGCUAUAGGCUCGCACAAGAGCGAGAAUUCCACAGAUAUAUACCACAAGACCACGCCUCGUCGCGAUAUGCCCCGUUUGAUCGUGCCAGUGGUGAGGGGUUCACCCCACAGCCAUCUCCGGAUUCUGCAUUGACCUCCUACGCCCAAUUGACGGCAAAUCGAUUAGGAACCGAGCGAGCCUUUAUUUCAUUAUUUGACCCCACCUACCAGUACGUCCUAGCAGAGGCAACUCCGACCCUGAGCCUUAUUGGUGGCCAUGUCGCAAAGGACGGAGAACAUUUAAAGCUGGGAUGUUGUGUAUUUCCAAAAGAGAAGAGUAUUUGUCACUAUGUCGACUCAACACCAGUCCGUGGAUCCGACCAUAGCGAGACGGGAUCAUAUGAUAGCAGCUUAGUGGUGCUGGAUUUCACCAAAGAUCGUCGCUUCGGAGUCUCGAAACUACAAUCAGCACUUUCCGAAAUGCGUUUCUACAUGGCAGUUCCUUUAAUAAGCCCGAUGGGUUUUAAGAUCGGCGCUCUUAGUGUGAUGGAUACCAGUGCGAGACUUUCGGAACCUGACCAACACUCUCUUCAAUUCAUGAAGGAUAUGGCUGAGACAGUGAUGGAUCACUUGGCAAUGAAGGAGACAUCGGCCAAAAGCCGUCGAGCAGAACGAAUGAUUGUGGGCCUAGGUAGCUUUGUGGAAGGAAGGUCGACACUUCGUGAUUCAUGGCCAGAGGCACAUGCACAGCGUCUUGAAUCAGAGAAAUCUGCGGAGACUACGGAGGGCCAGUUGAACAUCGAGCAACAGGAAUUGCAAGAGCUUACAAAGGGAAAGAACAAGAAGAGCAUCCCCAUUCGAGAACUCUCCUCAAAGUCACGCCGUUCGUCAGCUACGAGCCAUGGAUCAACUGUCUCUGGCCAGAAAACACAGGACAGCGAAUUAGAGACCCAUCAGAAGUCAGGCAUCCAAAUCUCUCAACAAAACAACUCUGCACGGGCCGUUUUCACGGGUAGCGGCCUCAAGGAAGAUACCCUUCAGUCCAGCAUUAGAACUGUCUUUUCGCGCGCCGCGAAUCUACUGAGAGAGUCGAUUGGGGCGGAAGGGGUGAUAUUUCUUGACGCAAACAGUCAGCGAUUUGGCAACCUUGUCGACAAAAACAAACGCCGAGUGUCUGGACCCGAUAUCAACGACCGCCAGUUAGGCAGUGAGGAGGAAAGCACCGACUCAGAAAUAUCCUCUCGGCGAUCAAUUUCUGAUACUGACCAAAGCUCUGACUCUGAUAGCCCGAGAGUUUCUGAAUGCUUGGGAUUUUCAAGUUCAAGAAUUUCGAGUAUCAAUGACGAGGAAAGAGCCGGUCGGGAUAUCAUCGUGCCUGAACCCUUGUUUACCUCGUUAAUUCACCGAUAUCCUCACGGGAAAAUAUUCACUUUCAAUGCCCAUGGUUCUGUUUCAGAGGAGAGUGAUCGUCGAAGAAAAACAGAUUCAGGGUCCGAGAACGACGAGUCAGUUCGUGCUGGGGAACACCGUUCAUCUAGCAAGCGCAGACGAAAGCCAGGAUUUAAGCGGCAUGCUGACGAUUUGAUCAAAAUCUUCGCUGGCGCUAGAAAUAUCCUUGUUCUGCCCAUUUGGGACUCUGAUCGAGACAGGUGGUUUGCUGGGGCCCUGGUUUGGACAAAUGAGCCACACCGUAUAUUCACACUAGAGAACGAGCUCGUGUAUACAUCGGCCUUCUCAAAUAGUAUAAUGGCUGAAAUUCGCCGAAUUGACGUGGAGCUAGCUGAAAGAGCGAAAACCAAUCUCGUCAGCAGUAUUACGCACGAACUCCGCAACCCACUACACGGUAUUCUGGGAACGGCUGACAUUUUGGGGGACACGGCUAUGAAUGCGCUUCAGCAUGGCAUGGUUCAUACGGUCGAAUCGUGUGGUCGCACUCUGCUAGAUACCAUAAACAGUCUGCUUGACCUGACAUUCAUCGAUCAAUACCGGAAAGGGGACAGUUCACAAAUCGGGAAACGUAGCAAGAAGUCCGGUAUAUCAAGAAGCAUGCCCAUCGCCGCAAGGUCAUCAAUUUCACAUGUUCAGUUGGAUGCCAUUCUUGAAGAGGUCACAGACUGUGUGUUCGCUGGAUAUAGCUUCUACAAUCACCCACAUACGCCACCGCCAGCCCUGUCACAAUCAUCGUCACGAUCUGCUGGACAAACACAAAAAGAGAAUACCACUGGUCCUCGAUCUCGCCAGGUCACAGUCAUAUUUGAUAUCGAACCUGAUACGGAAUGGGACUUUGACACGCACGCUGGAGCUUGGAGACGCAUAUUCAUGAAUAUCUUCGGCAACGCACUCAAGUAUACAUCCUCAGGAUAUAUCUAUAUCGGAUUGAAGUCAUCCCCACGUACAACUGCAACCUCACAAAAAUCCACAAGCAAACACAAGCAUGGGUUCGAUGUGAAAAUCACUGUGAAAGACACUGGAAAGGGGAUUGGAGCAAAAUUCCUGCAGGACGAACUUUUCAGCCCUUUCAAACAAGAGGACUCUCUUGCUCCUGGAAGCGGACUUGGCUUGAGUAUUGUUCGCAAGGCAGUUGGAUUCCUUGGUGGAUCGAUUGAAAUUGAGUCUACUGUGGGGAAAGGCACUGAACUCUCUAUUUACGCACCACUGUUCAAGUCAGCGACAAAACCAGAUACUUCCUCUGCGAAAUCGUUCUCUGGUUUGAGGCGUCACACCGAAGGCAAGACAAUUGGAAUCUUAGGAUUUGGACAGUCCAUCCGUUCUCAGCGCGACAAGGCAUUAUAUUCCUCAAUAGAAAGACUAUGCGGUGAAUGGUUUGGUCUCAAAGUGACUAAUAUAUCUCCAUCCGAUGGAAACCAGCUUCAAUCCGACUUUUACUUAGCUGUACAGACAGAACUAGAUUCCGAGGAUGUUGAAGGAAGAAAUAUUUUUGGUCUUUCCCGGCGGUUCAAUCUCGGAGAAUUGCGCGAUUCACCAGUUAUUGUUAUCUGUCAAUCGCCAGAGGAGGCUCACCGCAUGUUUAUUUCUUCCAAAAACCAAGAACAGACCAAAUUCUUCGAGUUUGUUAGCCAGCCAUGUGGGCCUCGAAAACUCGGUCGAGCAAUGAGUAUGUGUCUAAAACGACAAGACGAUCAAGAAAAUGGCCGACGCGGCAGUGAUGAGCCGACUCGCUGGGUGGAGGUUCCUCGAUCGUCCCAUCUACCAGUGGACAUCGAAGCCAGUGAUCCGCCGGCAGAUCGAAUGAAGCUUAGCAAAAGACCAACCAGAGAAACUAUGGGAGCCGAGGAAGAAAGUCAUCAGUCUCAGCCUACAAAACAUCCAGAUGUCGGUCAAGAUCAAGUCUGUAAACUAGAUCAAGGUUCCAAUCGUGAUGAGAGGUUACCUGCCAAUCAAGACCCAUUUGUUCUAUUGGUUGAUGACAACGACAUCAAUUUACAAUUACUGUGUGCUUAUGUUAAGAAAGAUGGCUUCAAAUAUAUGUCGGCAAAAGAUGGUUACCAAGCAGUUGAGCUAUAUAAGACUCAUCCGGGCGUCUUCCAAAUUGUUAUCAUUGAUAUUUCAAUGCCUGUGAUGAAUGGUUUCCAAGCAUCACAAGAGAUUCGAAAGUUGGAGAAUGAAUAUCGUGCCGGGCUAUCCGAAAUGGAUCAACAAGCAACCCCACCAACAAUCAUAGCAGCUUUAACUGGGCUCGACAGUGCUGGUGCCCAAAAGGAAGCUCUAGGAUCUGGGAUUAACACUUUCCUGGUUAAGCCCCUGAAGCGACCGGAGUUACAAGCUGUGCUGCGGCGCCAAAUUUAG